AGAAGAACAUGUUUCAUUGUCAUAUGACCAUACAUGCUCCUAGCCACAUCAAAAGGUCUAAAAUUUAUCAUCCACUACACCCCAUCUCAGCUCUAAAUCAGUGUCAAGUAUGGUAGUUUCUUCGUGCUCUUUGAGCUGGAUUUCACCCUGUUUGUCUCAUAAGCUAAACUUGCCACAUUCAAAUUAUUUGCCUCGCAAUACUGCAACUUCAUCUUCCAACACUGUCUUUUGUGCAUUGGAGACAACCCCAAUUGGAGAAAGCCAUUGUCAGAGAAGACCGUUAUUGUUGGGUAUUGGAGCAUUAACUGCAAAUUUACAACCAACAAAGCUGCUCUUUGCUCAAGUUCCAGACAGAUACCGAGCUUUUGUAGACUAUGAAGAUGGGUAUUCUUAUGUAUAUCCCAUUGAUUGGAAGGAAUUUGAUUUCAGGGCUCAUGAUUCUGCAUUCAAAGACAGAUAUCUACAAUUACAGAAUGUAAGGGUGAGAUUUAUACCAACCGAGAAGCAAGACAUCCGAGAUUUGGGUCCAAUGGAAGAGGUUAUAUACUUUUUGGUGAAACAUAGAUACGCUGCACCAAACCAAAGACCAACAAUAUAUGACAUGCAGGAGCGAACUAUAGAUGAUAAGCAUUACUAUACAUUUGAAUAUGUACUUACAUCACCAAAUUACUCUAGUGCCUCCUUUGCAACAAUUGCUAUAGGAAAUGGAAGAUACUACACUUUAAUUGUGGGAGCCAAUGAAAGGCGAUGGAAAAGGGUACGAAAUCAGCUUAAAGUGGUAGCAGACUCCUUUAGGCUUCUUGAUAUCUGAAAUUUCACAGGACAGUUUAAGAGUAUGCUUGUGUUUGUGUGUGUGAGAUAGCGUCAAUAAAAUAGAUAUAUGUUUGCAUGAUUGCGUGUAUAUGAGAUAUCAUCAAUUAAAUGAUAAAUGUUUAGAGUGAAUAGUC